AUGUCGUUGGAACGCAAGUUGAACUCCAACCCCAAGUUCAAAAGGGCGUAUGUGGAAUUUAUGGAUGACUAUGAGGCUCGUGGUCACUUGGAAGAAGUGGAACCUCCUUCCACAAGUAAAGGCCACUUCUAUUACAUACCUCACCAUGGAAUUCUGCGCGAUUCCGUCACCACUCCUCUUCGCGUGGUUUUCGACGCAAGCGCUAAGGACGCCAACGAGGUGUCUUUGAACGCUACUCUUCUCGCUGGGCCCAAGUUUCAGACCAACAUCUUCGAUCUGCUCACACGUUUUCGCUGGCAUGCCGUCGUCUUCACAGGUGACGUGAAACAGAUGUACAGGCAGAUCCUGGUCUCUGAUGAAGACGCUGAAUUUCAGCGCAUUUUGUGGCGCCCUUCUGCUGUCGGUCCUGUGCGCGACUACCGUCUUAAAACGGUAACCUACGGGGUUUCUGCUGCGCCAUUCCAAGCUCUUCGUACAAUGGCUCAACUUGCCAGUGAUUCUGCAGCCGCAUACCCAAGUGGUUCAACUGUUCUCGCUCGUGACAUCUACGUCGACGACGUCGUCACCGGAGCGGAUUCUGUCGAGCAGGCGCGUCUACUUCAGGUGAACCUUACGAAAAUAUUGUCGUCGGGGGGUUUCCACCUCAGGAAGUGGACCUCCAAUAUUAGUGAGUUCUUGGAGAGUCUUCCGUCUUCUGAUCUGUACUCGGAAGACUUAAAACAUUUCGAAGAAAUGACUGACAUUUCUCUAAAGAUAUUGGGCUUGCUAUGGCAACCUCAAUCAGAUUCUUUCCGGUUUCGUGUCGCCGCUGCUCCUAACGGUCGGUGCACCAAGCGCACCAUUCUGUCGGAGAUAGCUAGAAUCUUCGAUCCAUUAGGUUUCCUCUCGCCUGUAACAUUUCUCGCCAAGUAUCUGAUGCAAUUGCUUUGGGUUUCGGGCGUUUCCUGGGAUGGAGAUGUCCCGGAAAGCAUCAGGCUGGAAUGGCAAGAAUUCAAAACUCAACUCUCGUCGCUGAGUGCUGUAGCUGUGCCACGCCGUUUAGUCGGGAAAUUCGACGAGCUACAUCUCCACGGAUUUUGUGACGCGUCAGAACGUGGCUUCUGUGCCGUAAUCUAUUGCCGUACAGUAACUGAGGAGGGUGACGUCGACGUCCAGCUGGUGUGUGCUAAGUCCAAGGUCGCGCCAUUACGUAAAUUCUGGUCGCCACGCGUCUCUUCCAUGAGGCCCUUCAAGGCCGCCUGGAAGGCCUGGCCCUGGUCGCAGACCACCGCGACGGGCAGCAGGCCCGUGUCGAUGACGGCACCAAUAGGGAAUGCAAACCGGUUUUAA